AUGGCGUCCAGCUCUGUUCCCUCUCUGUGGGCCAUCUCACUCGAGAAGGCAUCACACUUGCUCGACGACCAAUCCGUCAAGCGUCCGGCAGUCCUCUCCCAGAUGGACAAGCAGCCGCCCACAGAGAUCCCCAAAGGCGUCACCCUGCCGGUCGUCCUGCAGCAGCGCAUCGAGCAGGCCAUGCAGUACGACGACCUUCAUGCAGUGUUGGCCUUCGACAUUCGUGACGUGGCGGGGGCCAUCAAGGCUGCCUACGUGCUGGAGCGAUGCAGCGGCCAGUGGACGAUGAUGAAGCGCUUUAUCCGCCUGGCCUUCAUCCACCGGCUCACCCCUCCCAAUGCCACGCUUCCCCUCAUGCUGUCGGCUGACGCGCUGCCCAGCGCUUCAGCCUUCGAUGAGCUGCCACUCAGUAUGGCCGUCUACAAGAGCAUCGAACGCACGCUCAACUAUCGGGGGACGACCCUCGUGCUGCAGAGAGGCAACAACUGUGGCUAUCGGAUUGGCGACCAUUCCUUUCGUGUGAUGGCGUUGGAUGAGCUGCCGGCCGACCAUCCCUACCGCAGCAGAUACAAGGAGAGCGAUCCCGUCAUCCGCUGGGGUGACUUCACCUUCCCAUCGUCCACGGCAUUCCUCACGUGGAUGAUCCUGGUGCAAUGGUGUGCUCAAGAGGGGGUGGAGAAAAGACAGCUGGCCAGUGUUUAUGUCUGGCGUGGUGACAGCCGCUACCAGUCCCUGCUGACACUUGAUGACAUCCCCGAGGCCAGCAUGAUUAUCGACUACAUGGAUGAGCAUUCGUCGCCGAUCGAUGACGCCCGUCGGCGACUGAUUCUGCUCAGGGGAACAGCUCCGACCGACACCGUUGCGGCCUACCUGUGGCUCAGGAAUGGCGACAUCCGCCUCUACACGACCGAGCGUGACACUGCUGCGGCCGCCCGCCCUUUGCUGGCCAGACAUCGGCUGGAGCAACAAGUCCUCGGACAUGUGCGGGGGGCAGAGUGA